UGAAUACACCAGUGGAGGGCAGUAGACGUCAUUUUUAAGCAAAUCUACGAGAACAAGAAGAAGAGGUGCAUCAACGGACUGGAAAGAUGGCUAAUGACAAGAGUCCACUGGGUCAACUCAAGGAUCUCGUGGAGUUAAAAGACCAGUUGGAGGACAUUCAGAAACGGGUAGAAGAUGAGAUACAGGCUGGAGUUCCUCCAGGGGGCAGUCUGCUGGCUUCUCCUUUCUUGAAGGGUUUUCUUGCUGGGUACGUUGUUGCUAGACUUCGCUCUUCAGCGCUGCUAGGCGUUGCCAUAGGCACGUGUACAGGGAUGUAUGCAGCUCAAAAUUAUGCUGUUCCCAACAUCGAAAACAUCAUUAAAGACUACAUACGCAACCUGAAAGGAGGACACAAGUAAGGAGGAGGAAAAUUGGAGCCAAACAACGGAGCAAAGCGAGCGUCAGACAUCUACAGAAAGAGUGUGCCAGUACAGCUCCACAUGGGAUCAGAAACAUAUAGAAAAAGCUUAAAACUUAUCAGAAUUUAAUGUGGUAUUUUUUUACUUUAAAUAUAUUCAAAUAAUAUAUAUAAAAAAUUUAUAAUUACACUAUUGAAUUUGGUAUAGAGUGAAAAAAACAGCUAUUCUUUUCCUUUAUAUAUAUAUAUAU